GUUAUGUCGUGACAACGAAUGUUAAAGCGGAGCUAACAAGGUUAGGCCGCAUCAACGACAUUUUAAUCAUUCAAGCAACGACAAUUCAGAGAUUAAUAACCCAAAAGAGAGCUGCGUGACAAAAACAAAACGAAAACGAUGCCCAGUUUCUGCUAUCAGAUAGCAUUCGGAAGAGUGGGACUUGCAAUGGCUAAACCCUCCGUUUUCAGAGUCGACCUACAACCCACGGCACCUCAUCUCUCCACCGAUGCGCCCUCCUCCACUUCUCCCCGCCGCGACAUCGUUUUCGUCGUCAACCCUCGAGGUGCAAAUGGUAGAACGGGAAAGGAAUGGAAGAAAUUACUUCCAUAUCUAAGGUCCCGCCUCGGUAGAGACUGCAAUAUAUGUGAAUCCAUGACUUCGGGUCCUUCUCAUGCAGUAGACAUAACGAGGGAGGCCAUACAGGAUGGUGCCGAUGCUGUGAUUGCAGUAGGAGGUGACGGAACUCUCCAUGAGGUUGUUAAUGGCUUCUUCUGGGAUGGAAAACCUAUUGCUAAUCAUGGAGAGCUAGCUCGCUCAACUGCACUUGGUAUCAUACCCUUAGGGACUGGAUCCGACUUUGCCAGAACAUUUGGCUGGAAAAAUGAUCCUCAUGAAGCCAUUGAGCGCAUAGCUAAAGGACUGAGAUCAAGGAUAGAUAUUGGGGUUAUCAGUACAGAAAGUGGAGAAUUACAUUACUUUAUAAAUGUUGCCGACAUUCAUUUGAGUGCAAAAGCAGGUUUUUAUGCCUCUAGAUAUAAGAGAUAUGGAAAUUUAUGCUAUGUUCUUGGUGCCUUGCAAGCCUUUAUGGGGCACCAUAACAAAGACUUGAGAAUCAGGGUCAAUGAGGGUGAGUGGGAAGUAUGUUCUCAAGUGACGGCCCUUUGCAUAGGAAACGCUAAAUAUUUUGGAGGUGGCAUGAAGAUUACACCAAAUGCUGACCCUUGCAGUGGAAGUUUAGAGGUUGUGAUCCUCCAGGACUUCAAGUGGUACGACUUUAUCUUUAAACUACACAAGCUUUACUGGGGAACCCAUUUAUUGGUGAAAAAUGUAUCUUCAAGAAGUGUGUAUUCAAUUGAAGUGGAGGACCUCUCAGGCAGUGGCAGCAUAUACAUUCAAUCUGAUGGGGAACAUUUAGGGUUUCUUCCAAGGAAGGUUUGUGUUUUACCUGCUGCAAUUGAGUUGAUAUGCUGAUACCAGCACUAGAGCACGUCCGAGUAAUGCAGGAGAAUACCCAUCUACAUGAAGUGAUUUACUUUCCCCAAAUGGUCUUUAGAUUCCUUCAUCCUUAUAUGUAUCAAAGGGAAAGAAAGGUUUGGGACUGUUUUUUUGAACGGUAACAAAUUCUUUUAAUGUGCCCGAGACAGUCAAAACCCUGUAUUGCUGGGCAUAAAUUGCAAUUCAUUUUUUUUAUAUAUAUUUUUCGGGAAAAAAAAAGAUAUUAUUGCUUUAGAAUA